AUGUUCAUUGACAAGAACAGACCUUGGAUGCAUGCUACUCCAGACUUUUUGUCAUCUUGUGCAUGUUAUGGAGAAGUUAAAUGUCUAUAUGGGUUAAAAGAUGGGGACUUUAAAAGCUAUGUACAAAAGAAAUCAUCUUGUUUAGAAAUGAUUGAUGGUAUCAAACAAUUAAAGAGGAAUCACCCGUACUACUAUCAAACACAUCAACAACUCCUAAUAACUGGACAACAACAUUGUGAUGUUAUAGUGUGUGCAUCCUUAGACACUGGACUCAUAUUUUUUAAUAGAGAGAAUUAUGCCAGAUCCAGGCCACUGGGAGGUUGUUGUACCAAAAAUAACAAAGAUGCAGAGAACAUGCAUUUUACCUGAGCUGAUGUCUAGAUGGUAUACAAGAAAACAAUAUAUGCCUAAUGUUCCCUCAACUGACCCAAAUAGUAUUUGUUAUUGCAGACAGUUGUCUGAUGUACUCGCACUUGACUGCAGUAAUCACAUCUGUGUGAUUAAGAAGUUUCACUUCUCUUGUUUAAGGAUGUCAGAUCCAAUACCAAAAACAAGGUAUUGUCCAAGCUGUCAUUUGUUACCACAUUUCCAGACAAAAACAGGCAAAAAAGGCUUGUGA